AUGAGCAACAAAGCCCUCCAAGAACCCGCAAUCCUGCACCUCAUCUUCCUCUCCCUCGACCAAGAAGAUCUCAUCCAAACGCAAAAAGUUUGUCAAACAUGGCGAAGAACAAUCCUCACAAGCAGGACUUUCCUACAAGUCCUCUCCCUCCGCCCUAGACCCGCACAUUUCAUUGGAACACAAGACCCCUCAACAAUCGAUCCCCUCCUCUCGAGCAUCUUCGCAUCUUUCCUGUCAUGGGGCCCUGCCUCCUGGGACGGCUAUCGAGGGAACGCAGGGCCGUGGGUGUGGCCCGCCGAGAGGAACUGGACGUCUGAUUUGUCUCAGUACAAGAAAUUCACCCACCCCGAAGCGAGCUGGCGAAGGAUGUUACCUUGGAAUGAUCCGCCUCCUACACAAUUACAGGUCCAUGCGGAGGGGAAGGAGGGAGGCACGAUUUCAAGGAUGGAGUUUGAUAAUGAGAGUAAUUGGUUGACGAUGGGGUUGUUGUGGGAUGUGGUGGAGAAUUGCUGGUUUCGCGGGGAUCCUUGGUGGGUGAAACGGGUGGAGAUCGAGGCGCCUGGGAGGGAGAGGUGGAGGUAUGGUGGGAGUUCUACCCUCCCUGUCGGAGCGAAGGUUCCUGAAGAAGUAAGGAAGUCUGUGGCGAGGAGACCUGGGAGGGUGAAUCUCAAUAUGACUAUUGAUGAGCGGUCGGUUGGGGAGAGGAGGGAGGCGAGAGAGAAGGCUGUCAAGGAACGUUUGGAUAGUGUGAGGAGGAUCGAGAGGCAGUGGUUUAGGCCUUGUGGGACGAGACCGAGGAGGAUGACGGCUUGUGAUAGGCAUGUUUUUACGGAUGAGUGGAGGGCUGAAGGGGGGAAGGCGUUUGGGGACGUUGAGUGGGAUGAGGUUUGGGGGUAUGAGAUUGAGAGGGAGGAGGAAGAGGAGAUGGUUGUGAAUGUGCCGAGAGUGUCGAGGAGGAAGAAAUUUUUAGGGGUUUUGUUACGUCGGUAG